CACUACUAUACCGAUAUACUUACCUAUAGGUACCGCCAGCUCCGUCCCGUGCUUAAGUUAUGGCUUCAAAAACAUCAGUAAUUAGUUUAAAAAGAAAAUUUUCUGACCGCAAUAGUGAUUCAGAAAAUGAAAGUGAUAAUUACAGUUUGGCCUACAAAAGUAAAUCAGAUGCACCACGUCUUUGCCCAUAUCUUGAUACUAUCAAUAGACAAUUCUUGGACUUUGAUUUUGAAAAAUUGUGUUCCGUUUCACUGUCUCGUAUAAACGUCUACGCUUGUUUAGUAUGUGGGAAAUAUUUCCAAGGAAGAGGAACAAAUACUCAUGCUUACACUCACAGUGUAGCAGAAAGUCAUCAUGUAUUUUUAAAUCUUCAUACGUUGAAAUUUUACUGUCUACCUGAUAAUUAUGAAAUCGUUGAUUCAUCGUUGGAUGACAUCAAGUAUGUUUUAAAUCCAACCUUUGGAAAAGAUCAAAUAGCGCAGCUUGAUACGAGUGACAAGCAGUCGAGAGCGAUUGAUGGAUCAAUGUACUCUCCGGGUAUCGUUGGAUUGAAUAAUAUCAAAGCCAAUGACUAUUGUAAUGUUAUCUUACAGGCAUUAUCUCACGUAACUCCUCUGAGAAAUUAUUUUUUACGUGAGUCAAAUUACUCACAUGUGAAAAGACCUCCUGGAGACUCGUCGUAUCUUCUUGUGCAGAGAUUCGGCGAGUUAAUGAGAAAACUAUGGAACCCACGUAAUUUUAAAGCACACGUUAGUCCUCAUGAAAUGCUCCAAGCUGUCGUCUUGUGGAGUAAAAAGUGUUUUCAGUUUACUGAGCAAAGUGAUCCAAUUGAUUUCCUGUCGUGGUUUCUGAAUGCGCUGCAUAUCGCAUUGAAUGGAAGUAAAAAAGGUGACUCUAGUAUUAUCUACAAGACGUUUUUGGGCCAAAUGAGAAUAUAUACUAGAAAAAUUCCGCCACUUGAAUUAGAGGAGAGCCAAAGAAGUGAAUUAUUGAACACUGUUGAGUACGGAGAGACUGUUACGGAAAGUCCGUUUUUGUAUUUAACAUGCGAUUUACCUCCACCGCCGCUUUUCAAGGAUCCCUUUGACGAAAAUAUGAUACCUCAGGUCAAUUUGUACUCUCUUCUCAAUAAAUUUAAUGCAGUCACGGAAAAAGAGUACAAAACUUAUAAAGAAAAUUUCAUGAAGAGAUUCGAAAUCACAGAACUGCCACCUUAUCUUAUACUUUACAUAAAAAGAUUUACCAAGAACACUUUUUUCGUGGAAAAAAAUCCUACGAUCGUUAAUUUUCCUGUCAAAAACGUUGAUUUUGGUGAUAUUUUGACGCCGGAAGUAAAAGCGAGACAUCCGUACACAGUUUAUGACUUGGUUGCAAAUAUUGUCCAUGACGGUGAGCCAGGUCAGGGAACCUAUAGAGUUCAUAUUUUACAUCGUGCUACUGGUCAGUGGUAUGAAAUGCAAGAUCUCCAUGUCACGCAGAGUUUACCGCAGAUGAUAACACUCAGUGAGGCUUACAUACAAAUUUAUGAACUAAGAAAAAGUGACAGUCCGGAGAAUGGGAUUGUGGUUAAAUGAUGACUGAGUGAAUCUGUAUGUUUAAAUAAAAUUUAAAAAAUUUUAUACAAUUCAUGAGUUAACGUUUGAUUUUAAUUUAACAUUUAAAAAAGACUUGAAUUAUUGUUUGAUAUUUAUUAGUAAAGAAUUUUAUGUUUAAAUAAUUCAUACUUGCAGUAGAUUAAAGGAACACUCUUUGGAAUUCAAACCCAACCCGCGAUAUGUUCCAAUACUUACUGGUUGGACGGAAAAAAGCCGCGCGUGCCGAGUGUCGGUGCAUGAGGAAACCCAGUACAUGAUACUGCCCAUAGAUAUAUUUACGAGUAGAUAACUUAUCAACGUGCAUUUCUGAUCUGUAGAGAGACGUAGAGUGUGCGGAAUAAUAAUAAAUAUCGAAAAUAUUGUGCUUUAAAAAUUAAUAAAGUAAGAGAUACAUUUUGAAAAAACUAUUAUUGUUUUUAACAAUGAAGUUUCAGGUAAAAAUUAUCUUGGAAAACAAGACGAGGAAAUUAGUAGGCGAUUCAAAAGUUGAUAUUUAUAUCAUUGAGAAACCUCCAAAAAU